AUGGCCGACAUUAGCCCUCUCCAUAUUGAUAAUCUGGAACUCUUUGAUUCACAGACUGACUGGCAGGAUGGUGAGGUGCUAGAGGAAUUGGUAACAAGUUCUGGGAGAGAUCUACCAAUCAUAGAUGAGGACACACCGGUUGAAAAAAUCAAAAAAUGUAUUAAUGUAGGAAGAUUUUUAGGCGUUGAACCGAUUCUAACGGCAGAAGAGAUCACUGAAGAAAACAAGGAACAUCUGGGGAUCAUGACCUACGCCGCCCAGUUUUUACCCCACAACUCCCAAAACAUAAUGAAUACUUCUUCAACCCAGUACAGAUCAUCCUCACCCCCUCCCAUUCAAUUUCGUUCCCUGUCCCCCAACCCAGGACAUUUUCGGUCAAUAUCGCCCAAUCCUGGGAAUUAUCGUUCGGCCUCACCCCCACCAGUACAGUUUAGAUCUCUGUCACCAAAUCCAGGGCACCACAGGUCAAGAUCGCCACCAGAUUAUAAACCAGUGUUGUCAAAUACAGGAGGGUACAAGACAAUUGUGCCGAUAAAUCCUGAACCUCCAUCAUCAUCAUCGCAUUAUUCCCAGAAUUCCAUGUACCGCAGCACGCAAACAUACUCCCAGCAGCAGACAAUCAACAAUUUUCAUGAUAUUUCUAUGAGCAAGUAUUCACGAAAGGUCACGUUUCAAGAAGAGGAGGUAACUGAUGGUAAAGGAACGAGUUCUCAGUCAUAUUCAAUGUCAAGAAGUAUUGGUGGAAGCCAAGAACCACAGAUAUCAGUGUUUGACGAUGACUCGAAUUAUUCCACUCGGACUUCUUCUUUAAUGACAAACUCAAUCCAACCACAGAGCCACCAUAGUAACCAUUUCAACAACAGUAACCAUGGCAACUUCAGUAUGGUGCGUCACACAGAAACUAACAGCCUUGAGUUUGCACCAGAAACAUACAAAAUAGACUGCUACUCUGUUGGAGUAAUUUUUGAAACUAAGAUAACCAGGCCAUUUGAUCCAGAUAAGGUCCGAGUGGAAGCAGUCGCUCCCAAUGGACGUGUGGUCAAGGUUACCGGAGAUGGACAUUACUCUGCCCAAUUUACACACACAGAGAUUGGAGAAUGGCGAGUGUCGUUGUACUAUAAAGACCGCUACCUCGAUGGAUGUGCUAUGGAUAUUUGUGAUCCCAGUCAGGUCCGAGUUUUGGGAUUAAAAGGCGGAAUUGUUGGUCAACGACAAGAAUUUAAAAUUGAUGCCUCAAAAGGAGGUGAUGGUGAAAUUGCAGCAGACAUCAAACACAAUGGCCGUCAAGUUAUUACCAAUUUAUCAAAAAUAGAACCUGGCGUGUAUCGAGUUUCGUACACACCAUAUGAUCCUGGACCUUAUUCCAUUGAUGUCACUUUUAACGGAGCAGAAGUCCGAGAAUCUGAUACCAACCCAUCUGACCCUGAAGAAAGACAGAGAAAAGCUGUAUUUUAUACAGAAUUAAAAGAGGCUGAAAACGAUAAGAUUAAAAUUAAAACAUCAUGUGAUUGGGAGAUAGACUAUAUGACUGGCGGACCGUUUAUUUGUCAUGUGACUGACGGAUCUGAUAUACAAGUCUAUGGAAUGAAUGACGGUACUAUUUGUGCUACACCACAGCUAAUAGUUGACUGUUCUAAGGGACCAGGAGGUCAUCUACACGUGGAAGUGGUCUGUAAUAACAGAGUUUACACAGCUAAGAUGACAGAAGAAAGGCCAAAUGUUUACAGAGUCACAUUUAAACCAAGUGGUCCUGGCGUUUAUAAAAUACAUUUAACUUAUAAUGGCUCCCCUGUUAAAGGGUCUCCAUUUAUCCAAGAAAUUGAUGAAUUAGAAUUACCGAUGGCUCAAGGUGAAGGACUUCUACGAGGUUUACCCAACCAACCUUCAACAUUUAUUGUUGAUCCAAGAGGGGUUCAAGGCCCUGUGUCUGUUAAUGUCAUAGGUCCCAGACAUCCAGUAAAAAGUUAUAUAGAAACCCAAUCUAAUGGUACUUAUAAGGUAUAUUAUACAGCUGUAGAGAAAGGACAACACAAUAUAGAUGUCCGUGUGGACAACAAACCUUUAGAGGGAUCACCCUUCAAACCAUGGGUAGUGGACCCAGUGCUGGUACGAGUAUCAGGAGGCUGGAGAUCAUUCGUGAAUGAUGGUGGUUUCAUUCCCUUGGUGGUCAACAAAGAAAAACAUAUUCCUUUCGAUGCUUCUGAGGCUGGGCCAGGUGAGCUGACAGCAGAAGUUAGAGGUCCAACUGGUAAAAUACCCGUUGCUAUAGAUGCUAGGAAUGAUGGGAGAAAUACCGUCAUCUUUACACCGAGAGCAGAAGGUCAUCACGAUAUAGAUGUCUUCUGGGGAGGAUUCCAGUUGAGGAACUCACCGUAUCCAGGAUGGGCAACUUAUCGCUCAGACGUGGACAUCGACAGACUUAACAUAGGUCCUCCUCCAGUCCGUUAUGCCUAUACCAGAUCCCCGCCUCCAUCAGACAUUGGUUCAGUACGCUCUGACUACCCGUUGGUCAGUGUCCAUGGCAGCGAGAUGGAUAUAUACGCUAAACCGAUAAAACAUCCCAAUAUGGUCCAAGUUUUACCAAAUGGAGCCCCACCAAAUAAAGUUAUGACUCGUGGUCCAUUGAAAGUUAUCUUACGAGGCAAAGGAUUAAAGGAAGCUUUCAUAGAUAAAGAGGCUCAGUUUUACAUUGAUGGUACACAAUGCAAUGAUGGAAUACCAGAAGCCAAGAUGUCAAGCCAAAAAGCAUCCAUACCAAUAAAAAUAGAAAAACACGGUCCUCGAGUGUACCGAUGCACGUACGUUCCCAAAGUCCCAGGGGCCUAUUUACUGUAUAUUAAAUGGGACAAUCAACCGCUACGAGGUUCACCUUUCAAGAUUAAUGUCAAAGGUCAACAUAAAGCUCAUCGUGUCAGAUUUGUUGUCGAUGAUGUCAAGAAAACACGAGUUGGAAAAGAUGUGGAUAUUCAUAUUGACACCAGAGACGCUGGCCCAGGUGAACUGAUCACCAAGGUGAUAUCACCAGACGGUAAUUUGAUGGAGCAUCGUGUCCUCAACAAUCCAGACGGAACCCGUAGAUUGACGUUCUUACCUAAAAUGAUUGGCCGCCAUAUUGUAGAUAUCUUAUAUGAUGACGUUCACAUACAUGGCAGUCCCUAUUAUAUUGAUAUAGAAGCUACUCUACCCUCUGGCGAGGUCCGUGUUUGGGGGCCAGGUAUUGAGAGUGGUAUUCUCGGUGCCUUCCAGUCUCAUUUCUGGUGUGAAGCUGAUGGUGCAGGAGCUGGAGAACUUCGGGUUAAAAUCAUGGGACCGAAAGGUGCCUUCCACGUAAAAAUGCGUAAAGCCAAGAAACAUGGCAAGUUAUACCAGUGUUUCUACAACCCCAUUGAGGCUGGAAUUUAUACUGUGUAUGUCAUGUGGUCCGGACAGCAUAUCGAGGGCAGUCCCUUCACUGUCUUAUUGGCGGCAGACCAGGAGGAACUGGAACGGUUCCAAACCUCACCAGAGGCUCAACGCUACCCAGCAGUCGACGACAAUGGUGAUGUGUUAUAUUAG